GGGACACUUUGGUGUGUUCAGGUUUUAUCACAAUCCGAGUUUAGUCCUGCCUAGUUAAUUUCUCUUUUUAUGAUUUUUGUUACAUAUUUGUAAAUGAUUUCUUUAAUUUGCGGCUACGGCGGAAAAAGCUGAAUCAAACGGCGUUAGUGGCAGUUUGUCACGCGGAAGCUCGGAGUUGAGUUUCCGUUGUCGGAGCGUCAGUGAACGCAUCACGCCUCAGCCUCCUGUCACUUUAACCGAAGUUCAAUGUCCAAAAAACGCCAAAAUGGAGCUGAAGCAGCUGAAGCAGGCGGCUGUGAGCGCGCUGGCGCACAAUAAAGGCGCCGCUCUCGUGCUCGGAGCUGGCGUCGCUGCUGUGGGACUCGCGCUCGGAUAUAAAUACCUGCGGAGGACCGAAAAAGUCCGCGUGGGCGUAGUGUCGCAGCUCCUCGUUCACCCCCUGAAGUCUGGCAAAGCGGUGUCCGUGUCUGAGGCUGAAUGCCACAACAUCGGACUGAAGUUUGGAGAGCUGCAGGAUCGCCACUGGCUGGUGGUGACGGAGGACGGUCACAUGGUGACGGGCAGACAGCAGCCUCGUCUGGUGUUGGUGUCUCUGACCUGUGAGGGAGGUCACGCGUGUCUGAACGGCCCGAACAUGGAGGAGCUGCGGUUCCCCGUCAGACAGUCCGACAACGGCGUCAUCGGCUGCAGAGUUUUCGGAGAUGACAUUCAGGGACGAGACUGCGGGGACGAAGCGUCUCGCUGGCUGACUCGUUAUCUGGGCGAAGAGGACACUUUUCGCUUGGUGCACUUUGAACCUCAGAUGAGGGGGAGGAGGCCUGCGGAGAGCGAGCCCAUGUUACCGCAGUUCAAGGUGGCGUACUCAGAUGUGGCACCUGUGAUGCUGCUGUCCGAGUCUUCGGUCAAAGAUCUCAGCAGCAAGUUAGAAAACGACGUCACGGUGGAGCGUUUCCGCCCAAACAUUGUCAUAAGUGACUGUGAGGCCUUUGAAGAGGAUUCGUGGGAAGAGGUCCAGAUUGGCAGCGUGAGACUGCAGCGUGUAAUGUCAUGUGGACGAUGUGUUUUCACCACCGUCGACCCUGAAACUGGUAUAAUCAGCAGAAAAGAGCCUCUGGACACACUGAAGAGUUAUCGUCAAUGCAAACCGUCCGAGAAGCACAUCUACAAGUCGUCCCCGUUGUUUGGACAGCUGCACAAGGUGAAGAAGACGGGGACCCUGCAGGUCGGCGAUGUGGUUUAUCAGAUCAGCCGCUGAUGGUGGGAGUCAGAGAGAGAAAAACUCUUUAAAAUCUUUAAAAAAAUCUUAAUUGUUGGCAUAAUCACUGAGCACAUACACAGUAGAAAAAACACUAAAAUAUGUUUAUUCAUCUCAAAGUUCACUAAUAUGUAACAAAAUCACUGUUUUUCAAACAGCUUUGAUUCACGGAGAGACAAAUCAGCUGAGGUUACAUGAAAUAUAACAAUUUUUAGAGCAAUUGAUUAUUUAUAUUAAUUGUCUGUCAGUUGUUUUGUAACACUAAUGGUGCUAUUUGAACAAAUUACUAACAACUACACGUUAAUUUAACCAUUAACUAAAUCCUGAAAUACACGCUGCUAUUAAAGAGAGAAGUUAAACAGGUUAAAGACUUUUUAAUAGAGUACGCUGUAUGUGUAAGCUUUCAUGGAAUAAACAAAAAGUAGCAGAA